CCCACUCGGGAAAGAGAGGGAGCGACUUGUUCGAGUUGUGUAUAAAGGAUGGGUGAACUCGCCCAGAUCUCAGCCCUUGACUCCCAGACUCAACAGCUCGCUUUCUUGGUUCGAUCAUCAUCACCAGCAGCUUCAUUUCACGCGCACAUCCAUUACCUCAGCCAGCUUUGACCCAUAAUACCAAACCCAUCCAUCAACAUGCAGUUCUCCAAGAUCCUCGGCGCGCUCUCGCUCCUCGCCGCGGCGUCGGCUACCACAGUUUCGUACGAUACCGGCUACGAUGACCCAUCGCGCCCGCUCACCUCCGUGGCGUGCUCGGACGGCACCAACGGCGUCAUGUGGAAGUACAACUGGAAGACACAGGGCGACGUCACAGGCUUCCCGUACAUCGGCGGCGCCGAAGCCAUCAGCGGCUGGAACUCGCCCAACUGCGGCACGUGCUGGCAGGCGACGUACAACGGCAGGACCAUCCACAUUCUGGCUAUUGACCACGCCGCCUCUGGCCUCAACAUCGGUCUGACUGCCAUGAACGACCUGACGAAUGGACACGCCGAGGAGUUGGGUCGCGUCGACGCCGAUGUCCAGCAGGUGCCCCUCUCCACAUGCGGGCUCUAAGCUACUGCGUCAGGGGGAUCUGUCCAUGACUUUCCAUCAGUGUUUGGGGGUUGGUUUAUCGCAUGGCCAUCAGGGGGGCUCCUGAAGGUUAGCAUAACGGCAC